GAAGAAUACAACAAAUAAGAACUCUUGUUCUUGUGGGUCAAAUAAAAUUGCUAUGCUGUUGCGACAUCAACACCGGACCUCAAUUCGAUUCUCGUCUAGCAGUCAAAUACUAUCCUGUUUUGAUCUCAUUAAGUUAUUCUUAAUAUCCAAAGUGAAAGCAGUGUUUUUGUCAUCAAUAGUUCUCUGGACAAAUGUUAUUGACACCAGGUGUUUACUUUUUCCCAGAGGAAUGUACACAAACUAUGAAAACAGAAGAUAGAAAAAUUUAAAAUUUCUCUGGGGUUUCUCAUGGAAUACAGGAUUCUGUUAUGGUAAACUUAAGUCGCUUCAGCCAUGCCCAUGAUGCUGCGAUCUACGUUCUAUGAAUAUCCUUCUCAUCAAUCCCACCUUCUCGAAGGACUGAAUUCAUUACGUACGAGAGGAGAAUUACUUGAUGUUACUCUAGUCAUUGAGGGUUGUGCAUUCCGAGCUCACAAAGCAGUAUUAGCAGCAUGUAGUGAUUACUUUCGAGCCAUGUUCACAGACAAUAUGUUAGAAGCGACUCAAACUGAAAUAUGUCUAAACGGAAUUACAGCAAAGGGUUUUGAUCAACUCUUAAAAUACGCUUACACAACUCGACUAGCCCUAAACUUAGCCAAUGUACAGGAUGUCUUGGAAGCGGCUUCACACGUCCAAAUGGUAGCUGUCAUCCAAGCCUGUUCUACCUACUUACAAAAUCAAAUAGAUAUAGAUAACUGUGUAGAUAUAGCUACAAUAGCUGAAACCUAUUCCCUGAGUACUUUAAGCAAAAUAGUGUACGGGUACAUGAGUGGCCAUUUGUUGGAGUUCUCAAACAGCUCAGAGUUUUACAGACUGACGCCGCAACAGUUAGAAAAUUUGCUUGCCUUUGAUUACCCAGUAGACUGUUCCGAAGCCGAUGUACUUAGGAUAGUUUUGACGUGGUUUUUUCACGUAGAUACCAAUGAGUUAGCAAUUCGGUUGACUUACGCCUUGAGGAUCAUUAGAUAUAUUCACUUCGUCGAAAUAUCCCAAAGAAAAUUAGAGAGUAUUCUCGACAAAGUAUUCGAAGAUAGAAAAUGCGAAUGGCAGCUCUACAAAAUCAUUCUCCAAGAGGUCUAUCGACAAACUACAAACGAAGAAUCUCGCUUCAUAUCGUCUCUCCUCAACUCUCGAGGAAUGGAGAUGGCUGUGCUGAAGAUUGGUGGUUUUGGGAUGAGCGGCAUCACGAACGAGAUUACCUAUUGCUUCGGUUCGGAGAGGCAGUGGAAACAUCUUACCUCGAUACCUCAUGUAGAACAAUGUAACUUUGGCACCGCCGUGUUCAAUAACGAAUUGUAUAUAGUUGGAGGAUGUUUUAACCAGAGCUUACAGGAGAAUAUCCAUCCGUUUGGAUUCAAAUAUACUCCUAGGUAUAACACGUGGUCCACGAUAGCUCCGAUGAAAAUCGAAAGAUGCCGUUUUAGCCUUAAUGUUGUCGGUGAAAUUCUAUAUGCCGUAGGGGGCGCUAGUGAAGCGGACGAAUUAGAUGUCAGUACCUGUGAAUGCUACAACCCCCUUUUAGAUUCUUGGUACAUGAUUCCACACCUGCCGAUUUACGUUACACAACACGCUGGCGCCAGUUAUGAGAAUAGUUACGAUGUGAAACUGUUUAUCAGUGGCGGAAUUGACAGGGAUAAUGUACAGAGCAAUCAAAUGUAUUGUUAUGAUGUAAAUUUAGAGAAAUGGCAGAUGUGCACACCAAUGUUAAAAUCAAGAGCAGAUCAUGUUAUGUUGAAUGUUGGAAACUACUUAUACGUUUGUGGAGGAUGGACAGAAGAUAGCGAAACAAGAUCCAGGACUUUGGUUGACACAAUUGAUGCUUAUGAUGUGGAGCGGGAUCUUUGGAAGGUAAUAACAACAGUUCCUACUCCCCGGUAUCACGCAGGUAUCGUUUGCGUGGAGAAAAAAAUCUAUUUCGUAGGUGGUUUCAGCAGCGACGAUGCCUUCGACAGAGAUACGGCAGCCAUAGAGCACUAUGAUCUGGAUACCGGUCAAUGGACGGUAGAGGAUAAGUACCCUCAGGAUAUCUGGGAACAUACCUGCGCUUCCCUCUACAUUCCGAAAUGUCGAGAAGACAUGGAAGUCUUGGCGGGGACUGAAGCUACUACGUGAUUUUUAUUUAUUUUUUUAUGAGAUUAUAAAAGAUGUAUAGUAAAUAUAUUUAUUUUUUAAU